AUGAGUCAAAAAGCCAUUGCGAAAUUACGGCAACUUCGAACGUCAUCCAAGAAGCAAGAGCUGAACAAGGCUAGCACUGCUCGGGUGAAAUCGGAAAAAAGAAAUGGAGAAAAGAAGAAGGAUGAAGAUUUUGAUGAAAAUUUUUUUAGUUAUAUGAAUGACGAUUCCUCGGAUGAUGAAAUGUUGUCUUCGGAAUAUAAAUUUGAUCCAUCCAUCUAUGGACAAGUACUUGGAAAGAAGAAUGAUAAGGAGAGUAGUGUUUUUGAACUUGCAGAUGAAAAUGAUAGCGAGGAGGAAUUAUCAAGACAUUUGGUGUUUUCAACAAACAGUGAUAGCGACGAUGAAGAAGAACUCCAAGUAAAAGACCUCAAGAAAAACAAAAAGAAGCAAAAGAAGGAAAAGCAACCAAAGCAGCAAGUUCAUACGGAAGAAGAAAUGCACAAUGUUGAGGAAGCUGACGAAAUGGAGGAUAUUCCACAAUCUUCAUCUGAAAACUCCACCACGAAAAAAUCAAAAGAUGAAAAUGAAUGGACAGAAACUGAAUUGGUAGAAAUGGACAACAACCAGUCAAGUUCUUGGAAAAAAGUGAAUUUAUCUGAUGAAGACGCGUUUGCAUGUGAAGGAUUAUAUUCACUUGAAGUUUUAGAUACCGAUGACGAUAGUUACAAAGAAAUCAUGAGACAACUUUACGGAGAUAAUUAUGAUAACAGCACAACCACGUCAGCACACAAGAAAGAAAACAAUGAAGAAGACGACGGUGAAGACCAUGAAACAACUGAUACCAGAACUGAGGAAACAAGUAAUAGUAGAACACCUGAGGAAAUAAGAAAAGAACGUAAUCGAAAGAAGAGAGAGCGAAAGAAGAAAGCUCAGGAAAAGAAACAAGCAGCUGCUGCCUCCAGCAACAAAGAUGACAGUACCACCGAUGAAAAACAAGAAAAUACUGAAGAGGGCACUGAGCAAUCAGAAGAAGAUGCUGAAGAAUCAGAAGAAACCCCAAAGCAAUCAGCUCCCCAAGAAUCAAAGACAGAACCUGAAAAGAAAAAGAAGGAAAAGGCAGCGGAGCUGAAAGUUGUCAAUCAAGAUGCUGAUUCCAUUUCAUUGGAUGAGUUGAACGAAAAGAUGAAGGCAUGGAAUUUUGAUUCUCAAGUCACACUCCAUGAACAAAUUAUUCGAAAUUUAUAUCGAUUGGGUUUUUACACACCAACGCCCAUCCAAGAAGCAUCUAUUCCAAAGGCCUUAGCGGAAAAGGCUGACGUUUUAGCAGCAGCAGAGACUGGAUCAGGUAAAACUCUUGCGUUUGCUCUUCCAAUCAUUGAGGAAUUACUUCGAUUGAAAGAACAGGGCGAAGAUUCCUUAUCUAAAUUUGAAGACACUUCUGCAACAACAGGAGUUGAUCUUAAUGAAAUUGGUGUCAACAAGAAGCGAAAGAAAAUGUUACGUGACGUGAAAAAAGACAUGUUCCGACUGAAAUCUCUCAUUUUGUUACCAACAAGAGAAUUGGCAGUACAAGUUUCCACCCAUAUUCAAGCAGUGAUUAGAAAUACUCCUAUUAAGGUUGUAAGCUUGCUAGGAGGCCUAAACGAAGAGAAACAAAUCAGAGAGAUUCAUGUUUUAAAGCCAGAUAUUAUUGUAGCAACUCCUGGAAGAUAUUGGUAUUACAUUGACAAGGGCAUGUUUGCUUCCAACUCUAUUCUUGGUCUUCGAUUUUUGGUGAUUGACGAAGCAGAUCGAAUGGUUGCAGAUGCCCACUUUUUCGAAUUACAAUCCAUUUUGAGAUAUAUCACUGUAGAGCGAUUCAAGAGAAGUCAACAAGCAAAUAUUUCACCUGAAGACGUUCCCUCACUUCGAAAGUUUAUCUCAUCCGCCACACUCACCUUCAUUGAUGACAAGUGGAAACAAAAACUUCAAGACAUGUCACAAGAAGAACAAACAAAGCUUCAAACCAACUCAAACAACUAUACUUCUACAUCUGCCGACGUGGAUGAAGAUGAAGGAGAGGAAGAGGAACCACAACCUGAAGAGUCAAGUUCUGCAGACAAGAAUCUGGACAAACAAAAGAAGAAAAAGAAGAAAGAAAGCAAAAUUCAAAAGAUUAUUCAAAAGAUUUUGGCCAUACUUGACAUGCAAAAUCCACUCAUCGUGGAUCUUACUACAUCCAAUCUCCUCGCUCACACUCUCCAAGAAGCACACAUUGAAAGCACAAGAGAAGACAAAGUCCUAUAUUUAUACUACUUUAUCACACUCUAUUCUGGUCGUACAGUGGUUUUCACUAAUAACAUUAAGGCAGUGAGAUUUAUCGGAAAUGUUUUAAAAGAAUUAUUUAUUAAGGGACCCAAUUCAGGUGAAACAAAAACUUCAAUUGUUUCGCUUCAUGGUAAGAUGGACCAACAAGCAAGAUUUAAAAAUUUGGAAAAGUUCAAGAGACAAGAAAAUUGCAUUCUCAUCACAACUGAUGUGUUUGCUCGAGGUAUUGAUAUUCCAGAUGUGGAAAAUGUGGUUCACUUUAAUAUACCUGCAGAUACCAAGACGUAUAUUCAUCGAUGUGGUCGUUCAGGACGUGCCGGAAAACAAGGUUUCAGUUUAGCAAUUGUUGCUCCAGAGGAACGUAAACAAUAUUUCCACAUUCUUCGUGACACCCAACGAGAAGAAACUGGACUACCAACCUUCCCAAUUUCUAACCCUGAUUUACUGGAAGUGUUACGUAAGCGUAUUCGUCUUGCCAUAGAAAUUGUAAAGCUUGAAGAAAAGAAAGCAGCCAAGACACAAGAACAAGAUUGGUUCACAAAACAAGCCAAAGCAUUGGACAUUGAAUUAGAUGAUACCUUCUUUAGAGAUUUGAAACGAGACCGUGAUUCAAAGAUGAAAGGGCUCUCCAAACAGCAAGAACAAAAUCUUUCAAGAAUGAAGAACGAUCUAUCAACUCUGUUGAAGCAAAAUGUAUUCAUGCAAACGAAAACAAGUCAAAGUGGAUCCUCUCGACUUUUCACAGUGGGUGAUCCAGAAGUAUUGAUUUAA